AUGCCCGCCUUGAUCGAGAGCGCCGAGCCCGUCGCGCCCGUGCUGCGCGUCCGCGAGCUCGAAGACGACGAGGAAUAUGUCAUGACCGCAUUCGAGCGCCAUGCCAGCCACUGCUCGCAAUGCGCGAACCCCCUGCGUGUCCACCAGGAAGACCGUUCCCUCUGUGACCGUGGUCACCAGUACGCCCUCGACGUGGCCGAGUACCUCUACAGUGAGAAUGGCAAGGCCAAGUCCGUCAUCGACCGCGAGUUGAGCCAGCCCACACUGGUCAAGAUCCCCCGGGACUGCGUCGCUGUCCGGGGCCUCCUCCUGGCGAUCGAGGAUGGCAUGCGUCUGCAGCGCAAGGAGCAGGAGAAGGCUCAGAGCCAGACCCAAGCCCGGGUUCAGGUUGUGACCCCUAUCAUCAGCUACGAUCGCACAUACCCCAUCGCGCCUCGCCAGGCAACCACACAGCAACCCAUUGCCUGCAACGAGAUCAUCGAGCGCGAGCCCCGCACUCUCAAGCGUCGUCGUGUGAUCGUCUACCAAUCUCCACGCGGAUCGUCCCGCGGCUCCCUGUACGACUCUGAUGCGGCAGACCGCGUUGAGCGCUCCAAGGAAUCUCCUUCGCGCAUCUACCGACCAACUGGAUACCAUCGUUGA